AUGGCCAUUACGCUGGACAGUGGCAUUGCGCUUGUCACGGGCGCUGCCUCAGGAAUCGGCAAGGAGACGGUCUUUGCCCUCGCCCAAGCCGGCGUAGAAGGUGUCAUUCUUGCCGAUUUGAACCAUAGCGGCGCUGAAUCAGUCGCCCAGGAGAGUCAAAAAUGGGCCACUCACUCCAAUUUUCGCGCCACGGCAGUCCAGGUGGACGUCUCUGAUGAGGCUGCUGUGAACAACGUGAUUGAGGUAGCAGUGAAAGAAUUUGGCAGAAUUGAUUAUUGUAUACAUUCAGCGGGGAUGGGUAGUAUUUCCGGAGCGACAACCGAGCAUCUCAAGAUUGACGUCUAUGACCAGACAAUGGCCGUCAAUGCUAGAGGCACAAUGUUGGUCUUGCGAGCCGUCUCGGCGGCGAUGGCUAAACAAGAGCCCCGCAUGCACCAGAGUGCCCGUCACGGUACUUCGCGUAGCCUUGGCCGUGGCUCUAUUGUCGUGGUUAGUUCUGUGAAUGGUACCAUGGUGGCACCUGGGAUGUUGUCAUAUGCAGCCUCCAAGCACGCUGUAGCAGGUAUAGCCAAGACAGCAGCUAUUGACAACCUCAAGAACCAUAUCCGAGUGAACGUCGUUGCCCCCUUUUACACCGAGACUGCAAUGUUAGAGGCUAGCUUGAAGCGACACCCUGAAUUGGACGUUGCUAUUAAAGCAAUUACCCCAUUGAAAAGAGCUGCAUCCCCUGAGGAAGUUGCGGAUCCUAUCGUGUUCCUGUGCAGCUCAGCAGCAAGUUACACGAAUGGAGCCACGCUUAUCAUCGACAGUGGAAUAACACUCACCAUUCCCCGAACCAGUCUGUGA